AGCACGGGGAUGGAUAACCGUCACCUCCAAGGGGGUCAAUAAGUAGUUCGACGCUGUGACUGUGAACCCAAUACCGAGUGAGAAUGGCGCACCCAGUGGCGGAGGCCAGCGAGGAGAGCCCAUUCGGCUCGCUGACGGCCGACCAGUUCUACGAGCGCCACAAGGUGACCCACGGUUCCGAGUACAUCACCAACGCCAGGGGCCUCAAGCUCUUCACCCAGUGGUGGACACCGCUCCCCCCGACCCAGCCCAUCGGAAUCCUAGCCAUCGUCCACGGCUUCACAGGCGAGUCCAGCUGGCUGAUCCAGCUCACCGCCGUUUUCUUCGCCAAAGCCGGCUUCGCCACCUGCGCCAUCGACCACCAGGGCCACGGCUUCUCCGACGGCCUCGUCGCUCACAUCCCCGACAUCAACCCCGUCGUCGACGACUGUAUCUCCUUCUUUGACGCCUUCCGUACUCGCCACGCGCCGUCCCUGCCCUCAUUCUUGUAUUCCGAGUCCCUCGGCGGCGCGAUCGCGCUCCUCAUCACGCUCCGCAAGGAACGCGUGGGGCGCGCUUGGGACGGCCUCAUCCUCAACGGUGCAAUGUGCGGGGUCAGUGCAAAGUUCAAACCGCCCUGGCCGCUGGAGCACUUCCUCUCCCUAGUCGCAGCAUUAGUCCCCACGUGGCGCGUCGUGCCAACGCGGGGGUCCAUACCGGAGGUCUCGUUCAAGGAGGAGCGGAAGAGGAAGCUGGCGUUGGCGAGCCCUCGGAGGACGGUGGCAAGACCACGCGCGGCCACGGCGCUUGAACUUCUGAGGAUAUGCAGCGAGCUGCAGGGGAGGUUCGAGGAGGUGGAGGUGCCUUUGCUGAUCGUUCACGGUGGCGAUGACAUUAUAUGCGACCCGGCUUGCGUUGAGGAGCUGUAUCGACGCGCCUCGAGUAAGGAUAAGACGCUCAAGAUCUACCCUGGUAUGUGGCACCAGUUGAUUGGCGAAACAGAUGAGAAUGUUGAGCUGGUUUUCGGGUACAUGUUGGAAUGGCUUAGGAACCGCUCCACACGCGCCGCAGGAGAGGGUGGCCCUAACCUUAUAAAAUAGUCGUCAGCGAUGAUGUUUUUAAGUUUGUAUACAUGGCAAUAUUAGCAACCAAUGAGAGCUUCCCUUGUGGCUGCCAAUUGCCAGUUUAUGUAAUAUAUCCGUUAAUAAGUUAUCUGCUUCUUUUUUCCA